UAUUAUCACGAGGCCAUAAAGUACAGCAAGAACGUAUCAGAGAGGCAAUGAGAAGAGUUGAUCCAAUAGGAACCACUGUAAGGGCUCUCCAAAUUCGAGUAACACACCGAAGGACGUACAGUGUGAGGGGUCCCCUAGAACUAUGGCACAUUGAUGGUAAUCAUAAGUUGAUAAGAUGGAAAUUUGUUGUACAUGGCURCAUAGAUGGAUAUUCCAGAAAAGUCAUGUUUCUUCAGUGCAAUGGAAACAACCAGGCUGACACAGUUCUUUCCCUAUUCUCAAAUGCAGUUUCUGUCCAUGGCCUACCUUCAAGAGUGCGUACAGAUCAUGGUGGAGAGAAUGUUGAAGUUGCAUGGUUCAUGUUAAAUCACCCAGAGAGGGGUCCAGGAAGAGGUAGUAUUAUUACAGGACCAAGUGUUCACAACCAGCGUAUUGGACGCCUUUGGAGAGAUGUUUUUGCCAGCUACAGGGAGAUUGGAUGUUUCCAAUAA